AUCCUAACCCAUCUUUCAUAACCUAUCAAAAUCCCUUUUGCCCUUAGUUUUUUCUUCUUUAUUCCCACUUUGCCUUCGUCGCCCUACUUUCUCCCGAUUCUCAAUUCUUCACUCUCUGAAGGUCUGACCCCUCCACCCUUCCCCCUCCCCAGAUAUCUUCUUGCUUCCAUUAGAUCUCGGCACAGCAGCCUGAGAAACACCCCCAGCUGAUCAUCUAUGACGCUAGGUUCAGGAGGAUCGGGUGUCGUGGUCCCACGAAACUUCAGAUUGCUGGAGGAACUUGAACGUGGAGAGAAAGGUAUUGGGGAUGGCACUGUCAGCUAUGGAAUGGAUGACGGAGAUGACAUCUACAUGCGUUCUUGGACUGGUACCAUCAUUGGUCCCCACAAUACCGUACAUGAAGGUCGAAUCUAUCAGUUGAAGCUGUUCUGUGAUAAAGAUUACCCUGAGAAGCCACCAAGUGUUCGUUUUCAUUCACGGAUUAACAUGACUUGUGUUAACCAUGAAACUGGAGUGGUGGAACCUAAGAAAUUUGGACCUCUUGCGAACUGGCAGCGAGAGUACACCAUGGAGGAUAUACUUACACAGCUGAAAAAGGAGAUGGCAUCCCCGCAUAACCGGAAGUUGGUCCAGCCUCCAGAAGGUACCUACUUCUAGCUUUCAAGACCGUAUAGAUAUCAUGGAACCAAUUGCAUAUGCAAUAUGCAAUAUAUAGUUUGUAACGUCGGUGUUGCUGAUCCUAUGUUAAGAUCAUGCAGGGGAGUGCCCCAAAAAAGUCUCUUGUUACCUCUCCGUGGCUUCAACUUUGUUUUGUUUUCUUCUUUUUUCGAACUGUGUUCAAGGGAUGCUGUUUGAUUAAUGGGAUUUUAUGUGUGUCCAAUAUUUAACAUACCCUUUUAAGUGGACUCUUCUACCCCUUCUCUGUGUAUAUACUUCUUCUAUCCUCUUAUUGUUCUAGUUGUCAAUUAUAUUGUGAGUGGGAGAGUAAACCAAACUCCUAGUUCCCAUA